ACAGGCAGCUCAGUAGGAUAAUAACAGAAUCAGAGUGUAGAAUGUAUUAUCAUUUCAAUGUUUCUUGCCAAUGUGGCCUCCAUUGGUAGACUCCUAGUAAACUUCAGUUUCCUACAUAUUCAUGGCAUCCAUUAGCAGACUCCUAGUAAACCUCAGCCAUUUAUACUGUAUAUAUAUAACGACCCCAAACUUCGAUUUUUGAUUAAAUCUGAUCUGAAAAAUGGGUUCUCAAAUUUGGGUUGUGGGCAUGUGCUUUUGGAUGUGUGUGUUCAGCUACAGCUUCGUUUCUGUGAGUUCAUGGAUUGUAGAAGAUGGGGCUGUUGAGGGGAUUGUUUUCAUUGAUGGGGAAGCAGCCAUUGGGAAAAUUGAUGAUGAUUUUGUUUGUGCAACCAUAGAUUGGUGGCCUCCUCAGAAAUGUGACUAUGGAACAUGCAGCUGGGGUCAUUCUUCUCUGCUCAAUCUGGAUCUUAGCAACAAAAUUCUAUUAAAUGCCAUAAAAGCAUUUUCUCCCUUGAAAAUUCGACUGGGUGGCAGUUUGCAAGAUAAGGUCAUAUAUGAUACUGAAGAAAACCAGCAAUCUUGUAUCCCUUUUGCUAACAAUACCUCAGCAAUGUUUGGUUUCACUCAGGGUUGCUUACCCAUGCACAGAUGGGAUGAAUUAAACAACUUCUUCAAGAAAUCUGGGGCUAUGAUUAUUUUUGGCUUAAAUGCUCUCCAUGGAAGAUCUAUACUGUCUAAUGGGUCUUCCAUUGGAGCUUGGGACUACACAAAUGCUGAAUCUCUAAUAAAUUAUACUGUCAGAAAGAACUACACCAUUCAUGGCUGGGAGCUGGGAAAUGAAUUGUGUGGGGAUGGAGUGGGAACAAAAGUUGCAGCAGAUCAGUAUGCAUUGGACACUAUCUCUUUGAGAAGAAUAGUCCAAAAUAUUUACAAGGGGAUAGAGCCAAAGCCCCUGAUCAUAUCACCAGGAGGAUUCUUUUUUGCAGACUGGUUCAAAGAAUUCUUAGACAAGGCAACCACAUCUGUGGAUGUUGUCUCCCACCACAUAUAUAAUCUUGGGGCAGGAGUUGAUAAGAGCCUUGUUGAAAAGAUCCUUGAUCCAUCCUAUCUUGAUGGUGAGGCUGAUACAUUUAGGAAACUCCAAAACAUUCUCAGGACUUCUCCAACUCCAGCAAGUGCAUGGGUUGGUGAGGCAGGAGGGGCUUACAAUAGUGGCCACAAUCUUGUCACCAAUUCUUUUCUGUUUAGUUUCUGGUACUUAGAUCAGCUUGGAAUGGCGUCGGCAUUCGACACAAAGACAUACUGCAGACAGUCCUUUAUUGGCGGAAACUACGGUCUACUUAACACCACAACCUUCGAACCAAAUCCGGAUUACUACAGUGCUCUUCUUUGGCACCGACUAAUGGGAAGAAAAGUUCUGUCAACUAGCUUUUCAGGGACAAAGAAAAUCCGAGCUUACACUCACUGUGCAAAACAUUCUAAAGGAAUCACAAUAUUGCUAAUCAACCUUGACAACAGCACCACCAUCCAGGCCGAAGUAGGCUUCAAUGGUAGCAGGAGUUGGGGACACAAGCACAGGAUUCAUAAAAGGGGAGGAUACAAGCACAGGCAUUGGGGUUAUCCACAUAAGCACAGGCCUCAUAAAAUUAGAAGGGUUCAGAGAAAAUUCGUAAGUGCAAGAGAGGAAUAUCAUCUAACAGCAAAAGAUGGGAAUUUACACAGUCAAAGUAUGCUGCUAAAUGGCAACAUUUUGGCUGUAAAUUCAUCUGGGGGGAUACCUCCAUUGAAGCCUUUAUAUGCAAAACCAUUUAGUCCAAUAAAGGUAGCUCCCUACUCUAUAGUAUUUGCUCACAUCCCAAAUCUUGUUCUCCCUGCUUGCAUGUAGGAGGGGGCACUAGAUAGAAGUAAUCAAAUAAGUGAGUGAAUAUUAGGGAAAUAUUUUAUUCUUUCUUAUUAGUGAAGUAGAAUUCAUUGUUUUUUGUUUUCCUUAUGAA